CUGUCGCACUGUCUACUGGUCUGAAAUCUGGAUCAGUCGUCUUAGUAAAAGGAUACAGGGUGGGAUAUUAUGAGACAAUGCUGACAGAUAGAUGUCUUAAUCAUAGUUAAGUUACAGUUUCUGCCGGGUUGCAUAUUAUCUCGCCAGUUCUUAAGAGAAUAUCCCUAUUAUUAUUAAAGUAGGGGUGGCGAAAACUAAUUUUUCCAUAAUAUGUACUGGUUAUUUUUCAGUUGCCCUAUAAUUAUAAAAUAUGGUGGUCACACAGUUUAGAGACAAGUCGUAUUUGUAGACAAAAUAGUGGUUCGUGCGACAUAUACUCAACAGAUGGCAAUGAUAUUAAUUUUUUUUGCCUCACUACUUUCCUUGAGUAUUAAGGAGUGUUUUGAAUAGAAGUUUAAGUGUUGGUUAAGAGGUGGCGACUGUAAAAGUGAUUCAUCAGCUGAAAAAAAUGUGAAAACGCGCGCUCUCUGUAGGCUCGCCAUGUUUCAUGGUCUUGUUAAGUAGGAUAUAAACGGUAAUUAAUGAUAUUUAUAUUAUAUUAUCUUUAACACCAGCAUGUUCUGGAGAUUGCAUUGACAGGCUUAAAUUUAAAAUAUUCCUUAAAUAACCCAGUGAAAUCCGGGCCGUAAGCUGCAAACUCCUUGAUUCGGACGUGAACGUGUGCCGGCGCGAGGCCUAAUAAGCAGAGAACUUAAGAGAAGAUUAAAAUGGCUAAAGUCGCAAAAAGGAAGAGGAUUGGGAGAAGAGCCAAAAAAAGAUCGACAAAGAAGGGCUGCAAGAAGCUCACGUUUGAUACAGAACCAGUACAUCACAAUUCUCCAAACAAUUUAAAAAAUAGUGAGCUUGGCAAGGGGCAGGAGGAAGGGUGUGCUGUUUUGCUAUGUAAUACCAAUGUGAAUGAAAAAGUGAAGAGCCCCUUCAAGAAUGUAGCAACAAAGCGCCCAAGUUCUUCUACUGAAAGCAUUGGCACCGAGUCAAGAACCGUUGAGACUACUGAUAGCAGUGACAAAGAAAGAGUAGCAAGCUGGCCUGUGCCACUUAGCUACAAAAGAAAACUGAAGAUGUCCACCAAUACUGCACCAAAAAAGCGUCCCAAAAUAGGCAUCUGUGAAUCAAAUUGUGGCGGGAUGGAGGAAGAGGAGGAGGAGCCCGAGCCCGAGGAUUGCAAGGAGGAGGAGGAGGAGCACAAUGCUGAGGAUGAUUUGCUUGUUGCAGUGCAAAAAGCGGCCAAGAAGAAGGCAAAGAAAAUCGUUCUUCGUUCUUACACUGCCACGGAUUUGAAUAGGGCUAUUGUAAGCAUUAUACACAAGGGAAUGAGUUUGAGGGCUGCCUCGCAAAAGUAUGGAGUUCCUCACCAAACUCUAUUUCGAAGAGUAAAGAGCCACUCACCCCUUGGAGAUAAAAGGCGUGGUCCGCCUACUAAUGUGCCUGCUGAAGUUGAGCAGGAAAUUGUCAAAUUCGCCGUUAAUGUUGCACGCAUUGGUUAUGGCCUGACCCACCUGGAACUGUGCACACUCACUAAAGACGUGCUCGAUUACGCAGGGGUGCAAACCACUUUUAAAGACAAUAUGCCCAGCUUGUCGUGGACCCAAAGGUUUAUUAGGAGGCACCCAAUUCUUCGGUGGAAACACUCUGAGCACCACUCCAAAGGUCGCUCAGAGGUGACAGUGGAUGAGUUGGUGCGACAAGAGUUUCGGAAAGAGCUUAUGUCUGAUGUAGCAAACAUCAGAAGCAGCAGGGCCAGCGCAUCUGAGGAAUUUUUUAGGAACAAAAUGGAAAAGAAAAAGGCGUCUGCUGCUCCUAAGAAACCAAGAAGAACCCACCGUCGCCUGGAGUAUCACGUUACCCGCUCAGGAAACUUAGAAAACCUUGAUGCUCAAGCUGGACGCUCGGAAGACGACUGGGAGUGCAAUGGCUGCCACUUUUUCUUUUCAGAAGAACAGAAAAAAAAGAAGAAAUUCCCUUGGGUGUCCUGUGACAUGUGCCCAGCAAAGUUCCAUAUUAAGUGUGUGGAAAAAGUUCACUCAAAACAAUGGAAGUUAGUAUGUAACUCUAAAAAUUUUGAGGACUUUGAAUAUUGCUGUGAAGAAUGUUGCAAAAAGAAUGGACUGAAAACCUGUUGCAAAUAACAGGCUAGUCGAUUUGACUGACAAUAUUGCUACAGUAUUUUUAUACGAAAUAAACUGACAUUAUUAUUAUUA